CACUUCCUGCCUUUCCCCUCCAAAGUGGCUCCUGCCUACCUAAGGUUACCACACGACUCACCCCUUCCCGUCAUUUUUCGCCAGGCCCGACCGCUGACUUCCUUUCUCUCCUUCCUUUCCCUCCCACCCCAUUUCAAUCUCGACAUCAAUCUGUAACGGGACCGCCACGAAGCGAAUCAUUUCCUCCACGAACACCGCGUAAUAUCCUUCACGGGCGAUAUACCGAACGACCUUAUACACACGAUCGGGCUCUUUUCUUUUCGGGAGCAUCUUCUUCGGGGAUAAAUCUUUCCUCGUUUAGGUACUGUACGCCCCUCCCUACCACCAGCAGCACAUGAUUUGCACCCAAGACCGUCACAUCCACGCUUUCCACGACGCCUGCUGCUGCUGCUGCAUCGACACCGGCUACAUCGACAAUCCUCUUCGUCUUCGGCAUACAUAUAUAUCAAGUGUCAUACCAACACGAUCUUGGUUCCUCUGGCAUUCCUCGCAUCUCGACACAUACCACUUCGUUUCGCUUUCCCGGCCGACGCAAACUACAGAAGGCCAGCAGCAGCAACAGUGCAGCCCACCACCCCUCCACCCACCUCUGCCCGCAUCCUGCAUCCAAAAAAAGCCCACCACCGCCGACCGCUUUCGCUGACUUUUGCCCCUCACAACAACAGAACAUAGCAUUUGCGCUUUGGCGAUCGACCAUCUUCUAGAUACCCCCAACCACAAACCACAUCCAAAAUGGCUCUCAAGCGCAUUAACAAGGAGCUCACUGAUCUCGGCCGUGACCCGCCCUCUUCCUGCUCUGCCGGCCCCGUCGGCGAAGAUCUGUUCCACUGGCAAGCGACGAUUAUGGGACCCGGCGACUCUCCCUACUCUGGCGGCGUCUUCUUCCUCGCCAUUCACUUCCCUACCGACUACCCCUUCAAGCCGCCCAAAGUCAACUUCACCACUCGCAUCUACCACCCCAACAUCAACUCCAACGGCAGCAUUUGCUUAGAUAUUCUGCGUGACCAGUGGAGCCCGGCGUUGACCAUCUCCAAGGUCUUGCUGUCCAUCUGCUCAAUGCUGACGGACCCCAACCCCGACGACCCUCUGGUGCCCGAGAUUGCACACGUCUACAAGACGGACCGCGCCAGAUACGAGGCCACUGCUCGCGAGUGGACUCGCAAGUACGCUAUUUAGACGGUGCUCGAGGCAUGAUGGUUGGACAAGUAUGACAGGCGACGGCUUUCCUCUCUCUCUUCGACAGCUCUGGCGUACGAUUAGGUCAUGGUCAUUGCUCUGCGUUGCGGUUUGGGAUCUCUUUCGUUUCACCAGCACACAGAAGACGGUUCGGCCGUCGAAACAAAACACUUGACGGCGGAUUGGCAUUCUCGAGAAGAGGUUACGCGGGCAAUGUGGAUAGAAGGCGGACCGAUCAGACAGUUAGCAGCACAGGUACCACGUACGGGUUUUCAUACGGCAAGGCUUCAUGUUUCUACUGCAUUCACGCUGCAUUGCUGCGUACGUUUUGGUUGACACCUCAGAAGAGACGACUGGUAGUCAUCGUACCCAAUUAUUUCCGUGAUAAUGUGUGUUCGUGUAUCAGGCGUGGCGUUCCUCAAAGCCAGUGUAGGUUGCCAAAUACCCUCAACGCUUGGAUGAAGAGGAUUAGUCUUGGCUGGCGAGGGUCGGUCGUCGUUAAUAUCGGGCUAGAGCAGAUAUCGUUGCCCAGGAUACGACUCGAGAAGGCUUUCUACCUGAGUAAGUGAUCGAUGAGACCGAGUGAUGUCAAUGUAACAUUGAUGAUCUGUCCUAAGCGGCGGUCAUUGACUGCCGGGAGCCGUGUUUAAAGGCCCGUUCAUAGGGUGUUUCGAUGCCUUCCGAUUCCCUCACACACCGGAAUACCUGUCCCGUGGCAAGGGCAGCAGGUCUAGAUGUGCCUGCUUGACUUGCCUGGAUCGAGUGUGCUGGGACGCCGGCUCCGAGGACCCGGGGAUCUGAGGAUCCGAGGAUCAUGGUGAUGGGUUUGAGGAGAUGGGAUCUGGAUAGGUGUCCACGUGAGUUCGUGUGUUUAUCUAUGCGUGAUGGGUGGGGGAGGAAACUUAAUGGGAUUCGUGGGUGUGAGGUUCUUUUGUUUUUCUAGCAGUCCGCAGGAUGAGGCAAUGCGAUAUUGCAUGCUCAAGAGAACGACAUACUGGGAGUUAUUGAUAUUAAAAUCGGCAGUCUAUGGGAACAUGUCGCGAGAUACGAGAAACAAGUUGAAGAUGAUCCGUCGUUUGGAUUUAGGUGUGCAAAGGAGAAGGUGUGAGGAGGACUUGGUGCUUGUUUAGCCGCGGUCUUGUACUGGGUGGGAAAAGUGGAUGAUGUAGCUUUUGAUAUGAAGCUUCAAAUGAGAGACACGUUAAGUCUACGGGGAAUUGAUAGACAAGAUGGUCACUCGAGGUGUAACCCAGCGAGAUUCUGUCUUGCUUCCAGGGCGAAUGCGGUUCGCAGCUGAGGAUCACAACGGG